AUGAAUUUAGCCAAAACCGUCACACAUUUACAAGCUUGCAUUGUAACUUGUUACAUUCUAAAUGCCACAAAAGCAGCUCCUCGAAACAAUACCCCAUCAAAGGCGUUUUCUUAUAAUGUGGCCGCAUUUCCUGAAAAAAUCGCAACCCAAGCGAAAAAUAACGGAACGGCGAAUAAGAAAGGGGCCGUGAAAUUAACAAUGAAACAAGGCUUGAUAAUGAAUCAAAUUAUUGCCACUUAUGCCCUCAACGCGCCUCGAGAUUUGUUGUGCAAAAGGCAAGUCGAAGAUUUCAAGAACGGGCUUCGAUCUCUGGAACCGUGGGCUCUAAGGAUGUUUGACUCGUCCUCUAAAUUACAACCGGGUGUCCUAAUGGGGAACAUGGUGGAAUACGGCGCCUUCGAGCAAUGUUUAAGCAUUUAUAAAGAAACAGAAAAUGGUCCUCUACGUGGAAAACACUGCAGUUUUCGACUAAUUCCUGGAGAAACUAUACUCAAGACUGUAAUAGGAUUCCGGAAUGUGUCUCAUAAGCGCUUCGAGAAAAUAAAAAGCAGCGUAAUUCAGGGCGUGAGAUUAAUCUGGUCCGUUUGCAUUCCCGAUUCGUGUCCAGCUGCUGACGUUCUCAACCAUUUCAACCGAACAAUAAUGGAACUUGCACAGGGAUUAGAAAUAACAGUUACGCUGAAAGAAGAAAACUGCAUGACUUUAUCGACUCGACCGCAGUGGAGUUCAGGAGAAUAUUCUUUUUUGAUUUUAGCGGGAGGGGUGGUUUUUGCUGUUCUAGUUUGCACAAUUAUUGAUUUAAUGAAGAGGUCGUCUAAUCACUUUGUUAGAAUAUUUUCAGCGUUUUCGAACGGCAGGCGGUUAUUGUCGAGAGGAAGCAAUCAAUCGGAAUUGAAUUGCUUACAUGGGAUUAGAUUUAUCAGCGUGUGUUACGUCAUGUUCGGCCAUAGGUUUAUGAGUGGGAUGCUCUUUCCAUCAAUUAAUUCCUUGGAUUUGAUCGACUGGGUUCUGAAGUACACGAGCGCGAUCAUAAUUGGAGGGACAGUUUGCGUGGAUUCUUUCCUUUUUGUCAGCGGGAUGCUUGUCAGUUACGGCUUCUUUGAAACCGUUACGAAAAAUAAGAGGUUUAAUGUGGUCCUUUUUUACGUUCAUCGCUAUAUAAGGAUCACUCUUCCUCUCUCGGUGGCCGUCAUCGUUUAUUCCUCUUUCAUCCAGCAUUUUGGAUCGGGGCCUUUAUGGCGUGAAACCUACCUUGGGAUGCAGUUGCCAUGUCGACGCUUCUGGUGGAGCGCACUCCUCCACGUCCAGAACUACGUCAAUCCCAACUUUUUGUGCAUACCUCAAACGUGGUAUUUAACAUGUGAAAUGCUUUAUUAUUACUUUUCGCCAAUUAUUCUAUACCCGUUAUGGAAAUGGCCACUGGUGGGUUCCAUAAAUUUAAUUGUUGUAUAUAUUUUCUCGGUUGGAAUUAAUUUUUAUUUGGCUUGGGAGAACGAGUAUCCAGGUGGAAUGCCUCUAACGAAGCAGCUUUUCGAAACAAGAUAUUUCCAGCGACAUUAUAUAGCUCCGCAUGUUAGAGCUUCGCCCUACGUAAUAGGAUUAGGUUUCGGAUAUACGAUAUUCAAAACAAAAGGAAAAAGAAUCGAGACGAGGCCCGGAAUCAACGUAUUCGGCUGGAUAAUAACAAUAAUUUUGAUGUGUUCUGUUGUUGUGGGUUCUCACGUAUUUCAAGAAGAAAAUCACGAUUACAAUCGUAUCGAAUCGUCGCUGUACCUUUCUUGUUCCAGAUCGGCCUGGGUUUUAGGGAUCGCCUGGAUUACGUGGGCCUGCGUUCAUGGAUACGGAGGCUUCGUAAACGACAUUUUAUCCCUGCACGUAUUCCGUAUACUGGGCAGAGUGGGUUACGGCGUUUUCCUUUUUCAUAUGUGCUUUCAGUUUUUAAAGGACGGAUCAGCUAAAACGCCUGCCUAUUUUUCAGACUUCCACAUGCUGUACGACUGCUUCGGAGAUUUAGUGAUAAUGAUAGUCGCAGGAGCACUUUUCGCCCUCUGCUUUGAAUAUCCUUGUUUAACAAUCGAAGCCGUGCUGCUGAGGAGAAAAACGUAA